ACUGGAAAAUCUGGUUCAAACUAAUUAGUAGUUUUAAUCCAGUCCGAGCAGGUUCUUGGGUUAUUGCAAUCAUGCUGAACUGUGUUUUCUACUCUGCAACAACUGUGUCUCUGUUGAUAGCCAUCAUAUGUUUGUUGAUUCUCCAGCUUUUAUUCUACAGCUUCAGUUCCAAGAAAAAGAGACAAGAGCCUCCAGGACCGAGACCACUUCCUCUAAUUGGUAACUUGCUCCAGGUGGACCUAAAAAGACUUGACUGGUCACUUUUUAAUCUGUCCAAGACACAUGGUUCAGUAUUUACUGUCUACGUUGGACUGAAGAAGGUGGUGGUCCUGGCAGGAUACAGCACAGUUAAACAGGCUCUGGUCAACCAUGCUGAAGUCUUUAGAGACAGAGAGAUCACUCCCAUAUUUGACGAUUUGACCAAAGGAUACGGGAUUCUAUUUUCUAACGGGAAAACAUGGAAAGAAAUGAGGCAUUUUGCUCUGACUACUCUAAAGGAUUUUGGGAUGGGCAAAAGGAUUAGUGAAGAAAGAAUCGUGGAGGAGUGCCACUAUUUACUUACAGAAUUUGAACAACACAAAGGUAAAGCCUUUGAUAACGCCCAGAUAGUCAGUUAUGCUGUUUCUAACAUAAUAUCAGCUCUUAUGUUUGGAAAGAGGUUUGAAUACACAGAUCCCCUCUUACAGUCCAUGGUGGAACGAGACCAUGAGAUCAUCUAUCUGACUGGAACAGCUGCCAUUCAGAUAUACAAUGUGGUUCCUUGGCUGGGCCGUUGGCUGAAAAACUGGAGGGACUUAAUGCACAAUACAGAGGUGAACAAAGAGGAGAUGAGAAGGAUAAUAGCAGAUCUGAAGGAGACUCUGAAUCCUGACAUUUGCAGAGGCUUUGUUGAUGUAUUCCUGAUCCGUAAACAAAGUCUGGAGGAGUCCAACAUCAUGGAUUCACAGUAUCAUGAUGAAAACCUGCUCUAUAGUGUGACAAAUCUGUUUGCAGCUGGAACCGAUACUGUAGGGAGUACACUUCGAUGGUGUUUGCUUUUAAUGGCCAAGUAUCCUCAUAUUCAAGAUCAGGUCCAGGAGGAGGUGGAUCGUGUGGUUGGAAGUCGACAGGUCCGUGUAGAGGACAGGAAGAUGAUGCCUUACACUGAUGCUGUCAUCCAUGAGACACAGAGAUAUGCAAACAUCGCCCCCUUGUCCAUUCCUCUCAAAACCAGCCGAGAUGUCACCUUUCAGGGCUACUUCAUCAAAGAGGGGACAGCUGUGUUUCCGCUUCUUACUUCUGUCCUGUAUGAUGAAAGUGAAUGGGAGAGCCCACACACUUUUAACCCUUCUCACUUUCUGGAUAAAGAUGGUAAAUUUAUCAGGAGAGAUGCCUUCAUACCCUUUUCUGCCGGUCGCAGGGCGUGUCUUGGAGAGAGUCUGGCCAAGAUGGAGCUGUUCCUAUUCGUCACCUCCCUGCUGCAGCGUUUUCGUUUCACCCCUCCACCUGGAGUCACAGAAGAUGACCUGGAUCUGACUCCAGUAGUGGGCUUCACCCUCACUCCUUCACCUCAUCAACUGUGUGCCAUUAGUCGAGAAGGAUUUUAACCCAUAAAGACCCAAACAUCCACCAUCAACCAAUAGCAUCUAAACUGUUUAAUACC